AUGAGUGAACAUGUAUCCCGACCAACGGGAUCCGACGCCCUAACAAUCGAAGCCUGGGCCCAAGGCUUCAUGGUGGGAAGUCUUAUAAUGAUGGCCGCAGUCGCAAUCUCCAACAUGAAGGCGCACAUACUGCUACACAAACUAAUAUUCGCAGAGUUGAUCCUCGGCAUGUUCCAUGGGACAUUCAUCUUUGCCCACGAACCUGCAUAUGGUUGGUAUCUGUCUGUCACAGCCAUUGGACUCAAUAUAUCCUGGAUGCUGCAUAACGUUAUUGCGUGGAUGAAGAAUAAACCCUUUCUCUCGCGACGGGCUUCCCGAAUCUAUAUUAUCACUGUCGUGCUUUGUUGGCCUUACUGGGUCGUGGAGAUCUAUGCGAACUUCACCUAUUUUAACAAUAUCAACAAAGUAUUCCUAAAGACACGGCCUUACGAGCCACUUUUCCGGGAUCCAUGGUGGGUUUUCACCACCUUCUUCCUCUUCUACACCAUCAAGCGCGAGUAUGGUUUCGGCCUGUGGGAGUUAGUUCGAAUCAGCCCACGAUUCGGAGUCAUGCUCACAGCAAUGUGUCUCUCGAUCGCGUUCAUAGUCAUCGAUCUACUCAGCGUGGUACAUGUAUUCGAUGAUACAAUGCAAACCGGAAUUAACCCAUUCUGGAAGCUAUCCUUUGUCUUCAAAUGCCUCUGCGACACCGUCAUCUUAGAUGACUUCAAGACGGCAUUGAACCGAAUACGGAAUUACUGGCUGCGAAAACAAGCUAGCGGGGAGAUACUCAUUUCUCAUCCUUUGAGUGGACGUACUCCGCAGCAAAGAGACGAUGGUCCAAGUCCAGACGAGGAUGUUGAGGCUGCGGCAGUUGGAGUCGUUUCUCAUCGACUUAUACAAUCUGACAAGUCAUUUUCCGUGCCGCGAGUGAAACUGCGUGGAAGCACUUGA